ACGAACGAACGAACGAACGGACGAAAAGAUGGCCUACUCAAAACUCUUAAUAGUUUUGUUGUUGAGUCUCAUCGUCGGCAUAGCAGUUGCAAAACCAGGAUAUCUCGGCUAUAGAUUUGGUGGAUUUGGAUACCCAUUUGGCGGCUAUGGUUAUGGCUACAGAUAUCCAUUCUACGGAUAUGGUCAUGGUUAUGGAUAUUAUGGUUAUCCAUAUUAUGGCUUUGGUCACGGUUUUGGUCAUUAUGGGUAUUAUAUAUGAUCAUUGAACCAAUGACAAAUAAUUUCUCUUAAGAAUAAUAUCAAUAAGAAAGUUA